AUGGAAGCAGAUCUUACGGAAGACCAGAUCGAUGAAUUUAAGGAAGUCUUUGAGCUGUUUGAUGUAGAUGCAGGAGGGAGGGUUACUUAUGGAGAAAUUAAGAGGAUGGUCAAGGGGGAGUGGGGGCUGCAAGGGAAAGAGCCAGGUGAUCAUGAAGAGGUAGACUUUCCCACUUAUUUAUCAAUAAUGGCUAAAGGUUUGAAGCAAGCUGAUCCGAAAGAAGAACUCUUAGAAGCUUUUAAAUGACUCUUCGACAAAGACAGUACAGGCUUCAUAUCCCCAUCUGAAGCAAUCCAGAUCCUCAAAACCUACACUCCAACCCUCACUCCCGAAGAAAUCGAAGAAAUCGUCCUAACCCUCACCCCCAACCUCACUUCUCCCCUUCCCUACCAAGACCUCCUCCACAUCCUAUAUCCUCUCUAAUCCCUUUCAAUCCCUCCCA